UGACAGACAGAGGCCCGGGGAGGGAGCCCAGUUCACAUAUUCCAAGAUCCGCAGAGAGAAAGAGAGAGGGAAAGAGAGAGCGCACCAUGGCAGAAUUCACCGGACGAGACGUUUACCAGGCAGAGUUUGAUCCCAGAGCUUAUCUGGAAUAUUUCCAGUUUGGAGCGGGCACCUUGGGCGAUGAAGCCCUUGAAUUUUACCUGAAACAGCUUUGCAAGACCUUUGCUGCAGGACGCCUGAAAGGAGACACCCUUCUCGACCUGGCCAGUGGCCCCACCAUUCACCAGUUCCUCUCCGCCUGCGAGUCCUUUGGGAGUAUUGUGGCCUCAGAUCCUGUUGACAGGAAUCGCCAGGAAAUAGAGAUGUGGCUGAAGAAGAAACCGGGAGCCUUUGACUGGGCCCCAAUUGUGAAGCAUGUGUGCGAGCUGGAAGGGAACAGGGACAAAUGGGCUGAGAAGGAGGCCAAGGUGAGAAAAACCGUCCAGCAGGUCCUCUACUGCGACGUCCUGCAGAGCAACCCGCUGGCCCCCGUCACCCUGCCGCAGGUGGACUGCGUGCUGGCUGUGGAGUGCCUGGAGGCGGCUUGCAAAGAUCUGAGCAGCAUGCAGGCUGCCCUGAAGAACAUCAGCUCCUUGCUGAAGCUUGGGGGAACCCUGGUGCUCGUGGGGAUUCUGGGGUGUAGUUUCUACAUGGUUGGCUCCCGAAAGUUUUCCAGCUUGGUCCUGACCGAGAAGAACCUGAGAGAUGCUCUCCAUGCAACCGGGUUUGCCGUUGUUGAGUAUGAGGCAGAGCCCAGGUUUGACAAGGAUAUGUAUGAUGCCUGUGAUUUCACUAGUAAAUUCUGUCUCCUUGCCCGCAAGGAGAAAGAGGCAUAAAGCAGUAAGGGAGCCAAAGGGGGUGCCGAGGGAAACCUUAGAUCUGGGGAGGCCCAAGAUCCACCCCCAUCUCUGGCCGUUGGCUCGUUAAGCAGCCUUGGCUAUAUCUGCUUUCCUUUCAGCCUCAGUUCUCUAACCUGUAAAAUGGAAAUCACAGCUAGGGCUGCUGGGAAGGAUGGUGGAACUAGAUUGUGAAAUGGCUCUGUUCAUUCGCUGUUUUAUGCUCUUGGAUUGCCUUGUUUUAUAUCCUUUAAUUUGGUUUGGAUCUCAGUGAGAAAAGCAGACUACAAAGGAAAUAAAUACAUAGGCUAUUCUUUGCUCAUUUUUUUUAAUGCUGUGUGAAUUAAAACUGGCUUGUUAAGGUGUGGUGGUUCAUCUCUCCUCUGCCAACCGUGCAAGAACCUAAAAACAUCAGAGAAGCCAUGUAGGAUCAGGCUAGUGGCCCAUCCAGUCCAAUACUGUGUCAAUCAAUCAAUUAAUCAAUCGAUUGAUCAAUCAAUGUCAUUAUUGCAAUAGCAACAAAAUGGCAUAGCAACUAACUACUAGACUUAACAACAGAAAAAACUCAACAAAACAUUCAAUACAACAAUAAAAUUACAUGAAUCACGAUAAAAGUUAAGCUGAAUUUUCAAUAAUAAAUUAUAAGGAUUUAAGAUGUAUCCAAUCACAUCCCAAGAAAACAAAUAACGCAGCAUGGCCACAACCCAGGGGCCAUCAGAAGAUCCUCCAGCAGAAGUCCUCCCACUGUUGCCCUCCAAGCACCAAAAGUAGAGCAUCACUGCCCCAGACAGAGAGAUCCAACAAUACGCUGUGGCUAAUAGCUACUUAUGGACCUCUGUUCUAUAUGUUUAUCCAGUCCCCUCUUGAAGUUGUCUACAUUUGUAGUCAAGGGCAAUCAGGAGGUCCACCAGUGGGGUCAGAACCAGAGUCUCCUACCACAGAGGACUGGAGAAGAAUAGCAUUUCUUCCCUAGGCAUAGCUCAUGUGCUCUUUUAGAGAAUAUUUUUCUACGUUAUUGGUGUUUGCAUUUUUCCUAGGUUGAUUGCCUUUCUUCAUUUAUUAUGCACACUUUUUGUUGUGGUGUUGGUAUGUUAUGCACAAUAAAGCAUAUAAUGAGCACCUCCAUUCAA